AUGGCGCAGGACAAGCCCCGGAAGGAGGAGAAGGAGGAGGAGGAGUUGAUGCUGGAGGAUGGAGGCAUCGAGGAGAGCCCGCGCCGCAGCUUCGAGGACUGCAGCGACUCCGAGGAGGACCGCGGGGAGGACGAUGACGAGGACCGGGACGGCGACGCCGUCGGUUCGCCGCGCUCCUUCCAGUCCCAAAAGUGGCCGCAGAGCUACAGGGAAACAACUGACACCUACACAAUCGCUGCAUCACCGAGCUUCGGUUACUUGGGCCCUUCUACAAGCAAAUACUCACUCCUCGAUCUUGGUCGUAGUGGUCUGGGCUCUGACCUGAAGUUGCCUCUAGUAUCGGACAAGGCUGAUGGAAUGCAAGAUUCUUUUAAAAACUUGCCGAAAACCCUUAGUUCAAUAAGAGAUGAGAGAGUCUCAUUUCAGUUGCAACACACGGGAGAAAUCUACAUUAGUCAAGGGUGCAGUGUGACACAAACAGUCUUCAAUGGGAUUAAUGUACUUGCUGGUGUUGGCCUUCUUUCCACCCCAUUUACAAUUCAUGAAGCUGGAUGGACUGGCCUUGCAGUUCUAGUAUGUUUUGCGAUUGUUUGCUGUUAUACUGGAAUUCUUCUGAAACAUUGUUUUGAGUGCAAAGAUGGUAUCUCAAGUUAUCCAGACAUUGGGGAGGCUGCAUUUGGAAGAAUUGGCCGUCUGUUGAUAUCUAUUAUUUUGUAUACUGAGCUAUAUACAUAUUGUGUGGAAUUCAUUAUCUUGGAGGGUGAUAACCUCACAUCAAUUUUUCCUAAAGCUGGUUUUGAUUGGCUUGGGAUUCAUGUUGAUGGGAAGCAUUUUUUCGGAGUGUUAACUGCUAUUUUAGUCUUGCCAACAGUAUGGCUGCGAGAUCUUCGAGUGCUCUCAUACCUUUCAGCGGGUGGUGUGAUUGCAACUCUUCUCGUAUUCCUGUCUAUUGGUUUAGUCGGUGCUACUGAUGGUAUAGGCUUCCAUUCAACUGGGAAGGUUGUAAACUGGAGUGGCAUGCCCUUUGCCAUUGGUAUUUAUGGAUUUUGCUACUCUGGGCAUUCAGUAUUUCCAAAUAUCUAUCAGUCAAUGUCCGAUCGCUCUAAGUUCCCUAAAGCACUGUUCAUAUGUUUUGCAAUUUGCACAGCAAUAUAUGGCUCUUUUGCUGUCCUUGGCUUUCUCAUGUUUGGAGAGAACACUUUAUCACAAAUCACUUUAAACCUUCCAAAGCAUUCAGUUGCCUCAAAAGUUGCACUAUGGACCACGGUGAUCAACCCUUUCACCAAAUAUGCCUUGUUGUUAAACCCAUUAGCUCGAAGUUUAGAAGAGUUGCGUCCUGAAGGUUUUUUGAACGAAACAUCAUGCUCUAUUAUACUGAGGACUGCCCUUGUUGCAUCAACUGUAUGCAUUGCGUUUCUUCUGCCGUUCUUUGGUCUUGUGAUGGCUCUCAUUGGAUCUCUUCUUAGUAUACUUGUGGCAGUCAUAAUGCCAGCCUUGUGCUUCCUGAAGAUCGCACAGAAUAAAGCAACUUGUUCACAGGUAAUCGCAAGCAUUGGUAUCAUUGUAUUGGGGGUCAUCAGUGCUGCCGUGGGGACGUACUCAUCCGUGAAAAGGAUUGCAGAAAACUACUAA